AUGCACUCGUCAGGAGAGUACACCCGAGAGCGGCUGGGUUUUCUCAGUGCCAUAAACGUCGCACAGCCGCUGGUCAAUGGUUGUAGGACGGGGAGACGCGUGUGCUACUCGCGCAGUCGAUGGAAUCUGGCGACAACGAAAAGGGCUGCAAAAGUUAUGAUCGAAUCUCAGUCAAGUUUACCGGUGGAUGUCCCGCACUGCGAAGCGUUAACGCGCAGGUGGGUUCGCGACUUUGUGCUGGCGCUCCAGCUGUGCCCGUACGCGCGGGCGCCUUUUCUCGCCAACCAGGUGAGAAUUGCCGUUGAUGGUGCUACAUCCAUCCAACAAGUUGAACGAGCACUGGAGCGAGAGGCGCAAGUGCUGCAGCAUGCACCAGAGGAAGCGUUGGCAACCACACUGCUCGUGUUGCCGAACUUUCAUCCCCGAGACUUUGAGCGUUUCUAUGCGAGCACGCUCCUUCUGGAACGACGCUGGGAGGCACGCGGCCUAAGUGAUUCCUUCGUGCUGGUUUUUUUCCAUCCAAUGCAUAUGUAUGCGAAGCAUGGUGCCCCAGCGAACGGUUGUAUCCCGGUAGACCAGUUGGAUUACGAACGACGAGCACCCUUGCCCACGAUCAACCUUCUUCGAGAUGAUCAAGUCGACGCAGCUGUGGCGUCUGGCAAGUCCACAGAGAUGCUGGAGCACAAUGCCGCACAUUUAAGUACAAUCCCACUGGAAGCAUUAGAGAUUCGCUUCCGAUGCCUGUACAAGACGGAUGCGUAA